CUUUCACACUGUUAGUCGGCUGCGUGAGUGACGAGACUCUUCCGCCAUUUCAAUCCGAUAAAGUCUGCAGCUUUGCAAAAGGGGUUUGCCUAUUCUGAAAAUUGGGUGCUGAGUGAAGCUCGAACAUUACAUGGCGCAAGAGGAGAUAGCUGUGGGCGUUGCUAAUGGAGGAGGAGAUGGCGGAGAGCCAGUCAGGCUCGAGGGGAGGUUCAAAGCUUUGUUGGUUUGUUGGAUCCUUGGAUUCGGGUCACUUGUUUCGUGGAACAGUAUGUUGACAAUUGGGGAUUACUACUACAAUCUGUUCCCGAAAUACCACCCUUCAAGGGUUCUCACGCUCGUUUACCAACCCUUCGCCUUGGGAACCAUGGCGAUCCUCGCCUACAACGAGUCGAGGAUCAACACCAGGACGAGGAAUAUCGCUGGAUAUCUACUCUUCUUCGCCAGCACUCUCAUGCUACUUGUUCUGGAUUUCGCGACUUCGGGGAAGGGAGGAGUUGGUCCGUUUGUUGGCAUUUGCUUGAUUGUUGGAUCAUUUGGGGUUGCAGAUGCUCACGUCCAAGGAGGAAUGGUGGGAGAUUUGUCAUUCAUGUGUCCUGAAUUCAUGCAGUCCUUUUUUGCUGGUUUGGCUGCAUCAGGAGCCAUGACUUCAGCAUUAAGGUUGAUCACCAAAGCAGCAUUCGAAAAUGCCGACAAUGGACUUCGCAAGGGAGUUCAGUUGUUUCUUGCUGUAGCCACAUUUGCAGAGUUCCUCUGCUUCCUACUCUAUGCGUUCUACGUGCCAAAGCUGCCGAUAGUGAAGUACUACCGCGCCAAGGCUGCUAGAGAAGGAUCGAAGACGGUUUCAGCUGACCUUAAAGCUGCUGGCAUUCAUACUCCUUCUGAACAGGUAAAGUCCACACAAUUUCAACAUGGAGAGGACAACAAACCGAUUGAGCGAUUGAGCAACACGCAGUUGCUAGGCCAGAACAUAGACUAUGCUUUGGACUUGUUCUUCAUCUAUGUCCUGACUUUGUCAAUCUUCCCCGGGUUCAUCUCUGAGGACACAGGCACCCACCAAUUGGGUUCAUGGUACAUACUUGUGUUGAUUGCGAUGUACAAUGCUUGGGAUUUGGUGGGGAGAUACGUGCCACUAAUCGACUGCAUCAAGCUGACUUCGCGAAAGUGGCUUAUGAUCACGAUCCUGUCUCGAUUCCUCCUCAUCCCUGCAUUCUACUUCACGGCCAAGUAUGGUGAUCAAGGGUGGAUGAUCUUCCUCACAUCGUUUUUAGGGCUCUCCAAUGGCUACUUGACCGUCUGUGUCAUGACAGUAGCUCCAAAGGGCUACAAGGGUCCGGAGCAGAAUGCAUUGGGGAAUUUGCUCGUGUUGUUCCUGCUGGCAGGCAUUUUUGCUGGCGUGACCCUUGAUUGGAUGUGGCUAAUUGGCAAGAAAAAUGCCUUCUGAAGAAGUGGAGCCUUCGAUUCAUUCUGUAGGGAAAAGAGACUGCUCAAUGUAGCUGAAAGUUCCAAUCUUACACACAUAUAAGAAUGCUGUUCAGUGGGCGAAAAAAACCAAAAAAAAAAAAAAAGACAUGGCUUCGCCCGGGUUCGAACCGGAGACCUUCAGUGUGUUAGACUGACGUGAUAACCAACUACACCACGAAACCAUUUGUUGAAUCAACCACAUUUUUACCAUAUACUACCGUUAAUAAAGAAGAGUAUUAGUGAUUUUAGGUCUCGUCUAGUUUUUAUAACUUUCUUUUGUUAUUCUCUGUUACGUUUUUCGCUAGGCUGGGCUGAUGGAUAAUCUUGUCUGAGCUCCCCCAAAUUUUG